AGGCUUUGAUGAAGGACGACUUCUACUCGACGCAGUAUGGCGGCUUCAACGAGGAGGCCGAUGACGUGGACUUCCAGGCCCCGGCCCACUUGGUCAGGCACGCCGGUAGCCACGAAGUCAUCGAGGACGACGACGAGGUCGAUUCGGACUUCUCCAUCGACGAGAACGAUGAGCCCAAGUCGGACUUGGACGAAGAGGCCGAGACCAAAAAGGCCAAACGUGGCCAAGGCGUCCAAACCAAGGCCUACCGGGAACCCGUUAAACGGGUCGAAAAAGCGGCGGUGGUGGACCCGGCCGCCAAGAAGGCCCGUCAAGCCCAGCGCAUUCAAUCGCAAAUCAAGCGGCAAUGGCAGAAACAAAUGGUGUUGACGGACUUUGGCCGCAAAGAAGCCCGGGCCUCCACCGUCUCGAAAACGGCCGAGACGCAGAACCGGCAAAAAGAGCGCGAGCAUCGGGCGCGGAAACUCCUCCGGCAACGCAUGCGCGCCCGUGAGAAGAAGAAGGCCAACGAACGCGAGCCCACGCAAGCCGAGUUGUUGGCUGAGGCCAAACUCACCGAACGCUUAAACAUCGCCACCUUGAAAAAGUACGAGGAAAUGGAACUGGAGGCCCGCAAGAAAGCCACACCUUCUCGGACUUUGAUUCGUUUCGGAGGAGUUUCCCGUCCAAACGACCUCGUCACUCGCAGCAAAAAAUGUGUCCCAUCACGCGUUUACCUGCCAAAUACUUUGACCCGGCCACCCGAUUGCCCUACGCGAAUUUGCAUGCAUUCAGAAUCCUCCGUGAGGCUUACUACAGCCAACUCGAACAAAAGGGGAACAAAAACGACCCCGAAGUCAAAGCCUGGCUCGAUUGGCGUCAAAAGCACCGACCCACGAAACCCACCCUCCUCACCCAGGUCAGUCGGACGCCCAGCGCUUUCUCUCACCUCCUCAAUCCCGCUUCCACGCCCGUUACGCCCAACCCCGCUCUGGUUCAGCGCGCGUCAGUCAAUAUUGGCGGAGGAACUGUUCAAUUGCCUCCCAGGGCUGUGACUACCACUUUGACGGCUCAGCAACUUCAACAACUCUCUCGAGGCCAAGUAUUAUCAUCCGCACUCCAUAAUGCAUUACGCGGAAACUCUCCACGAGCGCAAAUUGUGACUCGACCGUCUCAGGGGAUCACUGCCCAAGGGUUGGCUGCCGGUCAACAGAUCCUGAGGACCCAGACAGGAUUGACUCAGCAGCCGCAGACUAGGCUUCAACAACCCACCAUUGCCAUUCAUAGGCCCUCGGGCAGCGUGGUGGUGACCUCGGGCUCGAACCACAUUCCCACCACAUUUGCAGUGGCAGUAGCUUCUCAACCUCAAACCCUGAGGGCCACCAAUCAGGGCAUUGCCAUUCAACACAGCUCCUCCAACAAUCCGUUGCGAACCGUGGGCAAUGUAGUCUCCACUGGAGGAGGGCAGCAGAUUGUCGUGGCCCAGCCAGGAGGUCAAGGCCGGAUUGCCCGCCAAAUCGUGAUGAGCCAGGCAGGCGGGACUCCGGUUAGGGGACAGAUUUUACAAGUCACCAAUCAAGCGGGUGGUCAUCAAUUCGUGGUGUCGACCAAUGCGGGAGGGCAGUACUUGAUCAACCAACAACACCAACCCACUUCAAAACCGUAAAAUCGAAAUGAAGCAUUUUGUACCAUUGACAGUUUCGCGUGCCGGGAUCGUUCUCGCCAAGCGGCACUAUAAAUAUCAUCUCCCAACUGAAAUAAAGGAAGCAUCCCUCCGCGCUCUCUAUUCAACCUCGGUAAACGAUUCUCAAAACGGCAACUUUGAAUCCAUCAUACUUACAAAAAUAAGUAACAACGGCUUUGCAUGUCUGAUUUGUCCGCGAUUCAUGCGUGUACGAGUUCUUUAAUUUUCGUGAGUCGCUUGGCAAAAUAACAAUUAAAUAGACUUUAUUUUUAACUUCAA